AUGCUGGUCAAUUCUCAUUCGCCCGAACAGUCUGUACUUUGCCGCAGCCAGAAGAUCCGAAGCAACUCCUUUAGAUCCUUUAGUAGACUUGGGUUGGCCCUCCUUCUUGGCAUUGGAUGCCUCUUUAUUAUUGUCUCCUGGACCAUGGAAUGGCUUGUUGAACGGUACUCAAAACGCACGAGUCGUGGCACGUACCAGCGGCUCGAAUGGACUGUCAACAACACACUACAACUGCAACGAAUGGUGCACGAAGAUGUUGGUCUCGGAACCUGGAGCAAGACCACAGAAGACUACCCCAUAACAUUGCCUGGUGAGCAUCUAGCUACCGUCGAUAUCUCUGAACCGGAACAUCCCAAACUCAAACCCCCCGUCACCAAGUCUGAAGCUUCUCCGGAUUAUCUGAGUCGAAAGACAGCUCUUGCCCCUUACGAACGCGAUGCUAUUGAAACGCAAGCCAGUCCACCUCUCUGGUCCGCUCCAAGGGCUCCUCGACAGCUGAAGAAGGACUCCGGCCUCGUCUACAUCGCUCAAAAUGCAGCUCGCCAUCCUAACAGUCCGCUUGAACCUCUAUUUCGCACUUUGUACAUCGCAAAUUCUUCCUUCGACAUCCGCUCGGUUGAUGUCGUGACCGACCGAAACAAUAUUCGUAAACUCCUCUCAUUUGUCAACCCCGACUCAACUAGAAACGGACUUGAAAAAUUCACCAUCAGCAUCGAGGUCACGAAAAACACUGCAAUAUUCUCUCGCGCGGAGACUGCGACCCACGAGGUUAUCGGACUACAUGAAUUUAGGGGCUUUGGUCACGAAUUCGAGAAGUCACGGCCGCAAGAGCCCGAUUAUCCUCUACUACACGAAAUUGCAAGGCAUGUGAUCCACGUCUGUGAAACGCUGGCCGUAGCAUCAGAGUGUGUCAAGGACCUCAAGCAGCAACAACAAGACUUUAUGGCCGCGCACCCUCAAAACGAUAUCUCCUGGAGCUGGGCCCAAAGCCCUUUUCAGUUCCCGCUGCGAAUGCUUCAGAGCCUCCUUUCACGAUCUGAAUCGAAUAAGGCGCGGGUACAUAAUGAAAUCACGCUGGCCUUCCACACCGCAGCGCAACGAGAUAGCAAAAUCCAGGUACGAAUUGGAGAAGAAGCGAAGAAGGAGACCACGGCGAUGAAGGCGAUUGCGGUCGUCACGAUGACCUUCUUGCCUGCUACUUUCGUCUCGUCAAUUUUCAGCAUGUCGUUCUUCCACUUCGAGCCCUCUCAGCGGGGUGAGAGGGACAUCUUCAUCGUGUCUGAUAAGUUCUGGAUGUAUUGGGUCCUCGCAGGGCCAUUGUCUAUCACUGUACUUAGUUUAUGGAUUUUCUGGGAGAGGAUGUUGGGCAAAAAGCAUUAA